UCCCAGCCCCAGACACACACACACAGAGGAGGAGAAGCCGCCGCCGCAUCCAGGAGCAUGAAUCCCCCCCCCGCGGCGGACCGGGCCGCGGCUCUGCGGAUGACAGUGAAACUGGGAGAGAGCAGCGGGGAGGAAGGGGUGAAAAAGCUGGGCAAGAGAGCAGGAGGAGAUGAGGAGUCCCUGGAAGAAGAAGGGGCAGGAGGAGGAGGAGAGGCAGCUCCAGGCAGCAGCAGCACAAAGAAAGAAGAGAAGAUCAUUAACAACAACACUACUAGCAGCCCCCCACCGAACCCAAACUUGUCAUCGGCCCCUGCCUCUCUCCAGCCCUCCCAGAGCCAGGACCAGCAUCAUUUUCUCAGGUCCAGCGUCAGACCUCAGAGCAAGAGACUGAAGAAGGAUUCCCAGGCAUCCUCCUCGGUUGGCAGCAGCGCUGCCGGGAAAGGCAAAGCAGCAGAUAAUGGAGGGAAUGCACCUGGUGGCACAUCAGGAAUUCCUCCCAGCAAUUCUGCUGGGAAUUCCAAGUCAGCAGCAAGGAAUCCGGGCUCCUCGGCAGGAGAGAAGGAAGAAGGGAAGAAGGUCCGACGGCAGUGGGAGUCAUGGAGCACGGAGGACAAGAAUACUUUCUUUGAGGGACUGUAUGAGCAUGGAAAGGACUUUGAAGCUAUCCAGAACAACAUUGCCCUGAAAUACAAGAAGAAAGGCAAACCAGCAAGCAUGGUGAAGAACAAGGAGCAGGUCCGGCACUUCUACUACCGCACCUGGCACAAGAUCUCCAAGUACAUUGACUUUGACAAUGUGUUUUCUCAAGGGCUGAAAAAGUCUUCCCUGGAACUGUAUGGCUUAAUCUGCUAUGGGGAACUAAGGAAAAAGAUCGGGGGAUGUAUGGAUGACAAGAACGCAGCUAAACUCAAUGAGCUCAUUCAAGCUGGGGCUACAACUGUUCGUUACAAAGGUAGAAACCUGCGCAUCAAAGCUCCCAUGUGCAGAGCUUUGAAGAAGCUCUGUGAUCCAGAUGGUGUGAGUGAUGAAGAGGAUCAAAAGCCAGUACGACUUCCUCUCAAGGUACCUGUGGAGCUGCAGCCACGGAAUAACCAUGCAUGGGCUCGAGUACAGAGUCUUGCCCAGAACCCACGGCUUAGGAUGAUCGUGGAGUUACAUCGGAAGGUCUCCAGCCUCCUUGAGUUCCUGAAGCAGAAGUGGGCUCUCCAUGAAGUGCGGGUUCGUAAAACACUUGAAGAACAGCAACUUCAGGACUCCAGAGACUCAGAAACAAGAGGCAGCUUCUCAGAGGAGAAAGUGAUGCUCCAUCUCUUUCCAGGGGAGAACUGUACCCUCACUCCACUGCCUGGGGUAGCCAGAGUGGUCCACUCCAAGGCCUUCUGUACCGUGCAUUGGCAGGAAACAGGCAAAUGCAAACAGAACACAAAAGACUCUCACUUACUCCCCCCUGCCCAAAUCCUUGGCAUACAGAGUGGUCAGGGGACAGCAAGAGGACAGCUGAAAUACCUGCGAGGAAUGGAAGGCAAAGGUGUGGGAAGGGCAGAGAGCACUACAGAGCCCAGCAGAGUCUUACAGCCUACAGCUGAAGUUUCUGCAAGCACUGAAGAUGGUGCCCCAGAGCCCAUCCUGGUGGAAGGAACAGCCUCAAAUCUUGGCAUCACUAAUUCCCUCCAGAAAGCACCUUCUGGACUUCAGGAUCCAGGAGGGCACCAGGAAAAGCUGAGCUCAAUGGCCCCCUGCGUGGAGGGCAGGGAGGCCCUGGGUAGUGACCAGGCAGCUGUGCUACCCUCAUGCAGCAUGGUGUGUGCUUGCAGCAAGAUCCCUGAUGUGGAGGAGCUCUCUCUGCUCGAUCCAUUCCCACGGUACAUGAAGUCCUGCCAGGACCUAAUCGUCCCAGAGAAAUGUUCUUGCACAGACAAACUGCAUGGGAAAGACUCUAUUUCAGCAGCUGGUAAUGCUUCCCCAGUGGCUUUUCCAAGCAGGAGGAGUGCAGAGACCUCUGACUCCUGUUCCCAGCUGCUGAGAGGUGGUGUGGCUUCCCCUGGCAGCAGCAGAUGUGAAACUCAGGCCGGCCAGCAGCUUGAUGCUUGUACCAAGGAUAUCACAGAUGCAGUAAUGGAGGAUUCUCAAGAGAAGCUGGGCUCCUUGUUUCCACCUCCACCUCAGGGACAGUCCAGUACAAAGUCUCUCAAGGAUGACCCAAGUCGGCUCUCCCAACAAGUUAGAGAAGAAGGAUGGAGUCUGCGAACCUCUGAGAGCCUUACACUGGCUGAAGUCUACCUCAUGAUGGGCAAACCAAACAAGCUGCAGCUGGAAUAUGACUGGUUGGCUGUCUUGGAGCCAGAAACCCAGGAUGCUAGAGAGCAAACAUCUGAAUCAAGUGCUGUCCCUGUAUGUCCUACCUUUCACAAGCAGAGACUCUUGAAUUGCCUUCUGAAACUCAUCUCUACUGAAGUCAAUCCCAAACCAACGCCCGAGAUGAGCUCCAUUGCCACGUCACCUAUAAAGCCUGUUCAGGAGGAGCAGUCCCUGACUCCCCCGGGAAAGGUGAUUGCUAUCAAUGCCAGGAGUCCAGGCUGCGCGCGGAAUCAGUCUGCCCUUCGCAACAGGACUUUUUCUCCUGGUGCUGCUUCCAGCUCCUCAGGUUUGAGAAAUCUCCCUAGACCUCUCUUGGUGGCUAGUCCUUCAAGUUCUGGGAGUGCUGAGGCCGACAGUGGACUGUUUGCAGUCCCUACAACCCUGCCCCCCAACAGCCGCCAUGGGAAGCUGUUCCUACCCAGCAAGGAAGCAGAGCUGACUUUCCGGCAGCACCUGGACACCAUCAGUAUGCAGUCGGACUUCUUCCUGCCGAAGCCCAGGAAGUUACGGAACAGGCACUUGCGGAAGCCACUGGUAGUACAGAGAACACUGCUCCCCAGACCAUCUGGAAAUCCAUCCCAGCAUGUCUGUUCCUUUUCUAUCUUAUCCAACUCAUCCAUUACAGGGAGAGGUUCAUUUCGGCCAAUCCAGUCCUCACUGACUAAAGCUGCUGUUUCUCGUCCAAUUGUGCCCAAAGUUCUUCCAACACAGUCCACCAACCAUCUGUCUAGUGCUAUUGACUUGGCAGCAAAAAGCGCUGGCAUUAUCCCUGGUAGUCCCAUGCCUGUCCUGGAUGCAGAUGGUUUGCCAGAUGUGUCUCCAUUGUCACCAGAUGCAGUGCCCACGGUAGUGACAGGUCAGGAGCCAGCAGUAGCACAUCAGAAUGGAGGCUCCAUCACCACUGUGGAGCGCUCAGGCCCGGGGUGCCGGGUGCCAUACAUCAGCUUGCCGACCCGGCCCGAGCAGGAUGGCUUCCAGGGCACAUCAGUCCUUUCUCUGCCAGAACUUGCCAAGACUCCUCUCCAAAAUGGUCUGUCCACCCCUCCACGUCCCUCAUCAGAAGCUUCCAGUACUCGGCUCUCUCCUCCCAAUGUUUCUGCUCUCUUGGAUAUUUCCCUGCCUGGACCACCUGAAGAUGUGCUUUCCCAAGGGGAACCUGCCACUCAGAUCAGUGAUUCCAUCAUUGAAAUAGCCAUCAGCUCUGGACAGUACAGUGAAGGUGUUUCUCUCUCUCCUGCAAAGCUGAAUGGCAGUGACAGCUCCAGAAGUCUUCCGUCCCCAUCCAGUAGUCCUCAGCAGAACUGGAUUGCAUCUCCCACCCAUGAUCCCCAGUGGUACCCCAAUGACUCCACAGAUUCCUCCCUCAGCAGCUUGUUCUCAAGUUUUAUUUCCCCAGAGAAGGGACGAAAAAUGUUACCAACUCCAGCUGGGAGCACCAGUGGCACCUCCUUACUGGGUCCCAGCCUGCUGGAUGGAAACUCACGGGACUCCUUUGUGUCACGUUCCCUGGCAGACGUGGCAGAGGUGGUGGAUUCCCAGCUGGCUUGCAUGAUGAAUGAGAACAGCAUAGAUUACAUAUCUCGGUUUAAUGACCUUGCCCAGGAGCUGUCAAUACCUGAGCCGACUCGCAGGGAGAUCCUGUUUGAUGGAGGAGGUGGUGGUCCCCCAGUUGGGGAUCUGUCGCAGUAAGAGAAUGACCAGCAGGCUGGUGCAGACUGUUCAACUAAGUUGGAGCUUGCAGAGCUGGAACUUGACGAGGGCAGCAGGUGAGGCUGAAUUAUCCAUCCUGUGUGCUUCUUUCUAACAGAGAAGCAUUGGUUUCAAAGGUCUCAAGAAGUACUUGCAAGUCCUGGAAUGUGCAAUAUUCUGGCAACUACAGAACAUAGAAUAAGAUUACAGGAGAUAGUGUGUCCCUGCAUCAGCGAUGUAAGAUUGCAGGUUUGUGGGACAGUCCUGGACUUGUACUUUGGAAUGACCUAAGCAAGCAGCUCAAGUAGGGAUGGGAUCGCCACAAGCUCCUGUAUAUGAAUUAUUGUUUGCAUAAUGAUCAAAAUGCCAUGCUUUUGGAUCCAUGUGAAAGUUGUGAAGGACGAAGGUGGGUAGGGGAACCAUUGUGUAUCUUGACACAUCCUAGUUGGUAAUCUUCUUACCAUUCAAUCAAACUGAAGUUCUUGCACUCGGUCCAGGGCACUGCCACUCCUCAAUGCUGUCUUCUUACAUACCACUCUGUUCCUUUGGCUCUUUUACCAUUCCAGCAGGGCUCACAUCUGGUUGCUUGUUUGGUAGGGGAGCUCUGAUCUGCCCUCCUCCUGUGCUGCUUGGAUCCCCUGCUUUUAAACCCCAUCACAUCACAAUCAUCAUCAUCAUCAUCACCCUGACUUCACUCAUAUUCCUAAUCUUUGAGAUUCUUCAACACAUUGCACAGUUCACCCUGUGAGUGGGAGAGUGCUUUAUUGCUCACCAUGAAGAACAGUUGCUUUUUAGGUCUGGAAACACGGCCAAAGAGCUUACACUAGGAAAGAUGUGUCAUAAUUAGUCUUGGCUUUGCUGGAAACAUGUAAAUAUUGUCAUCUUCACAAAACCUGAGGAUUUAGCUUGGAGAGGAAAUAGGAGAGAAUAUUGUAAUGUGUAGGAAUAAAUGCUAGGUUAGCGCUAAAGCAGUUGAGAUGGGUUAUGUGUCAUGAAGAGAAGUGUCAAGUCCUAGCUUAAUCCCCUAGUCCUUCCCUACUUCUUUGUUCUGUGAGCUCCGGGUGAUCUGUAGUACCUCAGCAUCAUUCUUCAUUACAGUCACUCCCAGGCAUGAGUGGGUCUGGCACUCCCUCUCUGAAAUCCCUGUGCAUUUAAUGUUGUGUUUUACUGUAGGAAAAACCCAGAUACUGAUUCCAGUGGGUUCAACAGGAUAGCAAGUUAAUAGUAAAUACAUAGUUAAUUUCUGGGGAACUGAUUGUACGUCACUUCUAGCUUUAUAACUCAGGAGACUUUUCUUAUUCCCUUUCCUUUUCUUUCUUCUUUCCUUUCAUAUCCGGAGCAAGAAUACCCAUGUUAUGUCCCUUUUGUAAGCACUUGUCUGCUACUUCAGUUAGAGGAUGUCCCUUGGCUGGUGUGAGUAGCUCUGAACUUUUUCAAGGGGCUGCUCCUAUAUACACCUCAACUUCGUUUUAAUAAUGAAUAAACAAACUGUCUCCAUCCCAUAGGUUGUUGUCAUGGGUUCAUUUCCCAACUUGCACUAUACUUGGUGGAUGUAGUUCUGCCUGCCUUUAGCUACUUGCACAAGGCAUUUCUUUGACUGGGAUUCUCUUGUAACUUGCUGUCAAUGCACUGACUCUGCUGUUUGCCCAGUCCACCCUGCUUUAGGCAGAUGAUUUUUAGCUUCUAUGGAGUUGGCCGUGUGUUUUCUGUCAUUAGGAGAAAAUUGAACAAAUUUUCUGAUACACAGAGCCUUGUUUGAGAAUUUUGACAGAAUUGUCAGGUAAUCACAUAAACCUGGAAUAGGAAAGGUUGAAGGCUGGGACCUGUUUUGUUCUGAGCAUUCCCCCUUGGUAUGGAGAGGACACCUAUUAAUCUCAAGAGUCAAGACCACUAAAACUUUUCAGUUUUACUUAGAAUUUAGCUGUGUUUUGGUUUGAACUUUCCCAGAUUGUUCCCUCUUGGUUUUAGGUUCCUCCAUUACUAAUGCUGAUUAUUCUAUAUGCUAUUCCCAUAUUGUUCCCUCUUGGUUUUGGGUUCCUCCAUUACUAAUGCUGAUCAUUCUAUAUGCUAUGUCUCCAGAAAUCCUUCAGCUUUGUAGGACAAAGGUAGAAGGCACCUACUAUGGCUGUGGAUAACAGAACGUGCAGGAGGAAAUGUGUUACAUUUUAAUCAAGUACUGUCUGAAAAGAAAUCUGAACUGUCAUUUUUAAACUUCUGAAUAUUGCAAGAGUAAUGUGAGGGUCUCCAGUGUAUUUGUAACUUGACAAACUUUUCAUCUUCCCUACUGAUGCCAGUAACACAGUGGAUAUGACACUGGGUUUGGCUCUGAAGCUGCCUAGAAUAAAAGCUGGUGUUGCUGCACUUGCCAUAGGAAUGGAGAGCAGAGCACUUCAUCCUGAUUCAUGAAGGCUUUUUGCUUACAAUACUAGGAGCUGUCAGCUGCCCUUCCUUAGACCACCCAGGGGCAAGGACACAACUGGAGAAUGAAGGCAGCACAAGUGGCUAUUUUUAAUGGUGCCAUGACAUCAGAAAAUUUCUAAUACCCUGAACCUUUGCAAGUGGGCUUGAACCACUCAGUAAUAAUGGAGUAUAAAUUACAGAAAUCAGUUCAGCACUCAGAAUGUUGGGGUUAGAAAUGUGUUUGGCAUCAGCCCCUUAAAAGUUGGCAUUAUGAAGCAGAAUUGUAAUGCAUUGCAAACUGCUUUUUAAGAAUAAAGCUCUUUGAGAACAAGGGAAGAGCUUAAGAAUAAUUAAGAUCAUUGUGGUAAUUCUGAAUUGAUGCAGUAUUUGUUACCCUUACUAUGUGAAAGGCCAUUUAAACACAUCUUUAAUUGGACCACCUCUAGAUUUUAGGUGACUGUGCUUUACAGUAGUAAUCAUCAGUUUGUGCCUGAGACUGCUAAGGAGGUGGUAUAUACACACACAAGUGCAUGUGUGUGUGCAGAUGAGGGGGGACUGGGGGGUGGCAAUAUCAAAAUUUCUUGAGUUUGAAUUAUUUCAGCUUCCCCAAGAGCAGUAACAAAAUCUGUAUGAGGGACAAUGUCAGGCUAAGCAGACAUCCAAGCAAGUGAUGCUGAAAUGCACACAGUGCCAUUUCUGAGGCAGAAGCGACUUCAUUAGGUUAGUACCUUCCUGGGGCACCAUGGGGUGUUGGAGACGACUAAAGGACACUAACAGCCUCCAGGUCUAGGAUUAACUGCUCUAGGCUUUUCCCUCUCAGUGACCAUAAGGCAGUUCUGAGUAGUUGACAAGGUAAAUGGCAGAAGAUUCAGUGUCUCAUGACCAUGGGCUGGGUGCAGAGCAGUACCAUAGCCCAAGGCUGGAGCCACCCAGGUGUGUGUGCUGACAGAGAUCUGUGCAGGGUGUUGCAUCCUGAACACUCACACAAUCCAUUUUAUCCUGUGUCACUAAAACUGCUAAGCAUAGGAAUAGUAAUUAUUUUUCAUACAGCAUUGUUAAGCCUUUUUUUGACACCCCCUAUAUUUCUAAAUUGAAUUACAUUGCUUGAUUCAAAUCUAACCUAUAAAGACAUUUACUAACAGCAGAUCCCAGAGUGGAAAUUCAGUUGUGUUUUGUUUUCUACACUCAGACUUCAGAUGCAUUUAUAAGGAAAGUACUGCACUUUUUUUUAACCUUUUCAAACCUUUGAAUCUAUUAAUUUCACAGCAGUUUGUAAAUGUUAACUAAGUGAAACUUUGACAAGCACUAUGGCAAUAAGUUAUCAUUAAUUAUUGAAAUGUGAUAACUGCUUUAGAGCUUAUGGUUCUGGCAGCAAAAUUUAAUGCUGUUUCUUUUAAUAAUAGUUAAGCCAUAUCAUCUAAGGUUUCUGGCUUGUUUGAGAUGUGAAUUUGUUUUAUAGAUUAUAAAUAUACCUAAAUAGUGUAUGUAUAAAGCAAAAUGCCUGUCCUUACUGAUUAUUUUUUGUACCAUACUGUAAAUUAUAUUAUUUAUUCUUUACCAAUUUUGGAAAAAGGUGUUUUGGUUAUUUAAUAUAAUAUACAAAAGCUGUUAAACUUCUUCUGUUUAAAUUUCCAAUUCAACUUGUAAAGCUGUUUUUAUUCUUGUGCAUAAAUACAUACUAAUACUUGGUCUAA